AAGUGGUAGUAUUUUAUAUUGGUUGUUUUUAAUACUAAUAUGUGCAUUAAGGCCUGUGUCGUUUUUAUUAGUUGAUGUCGAAGAUGUGAACACAUCUUACGGCAAUAGUAAUAUUGAAUAUAUAGAAGAUUUAAAUGAAACAGAAAAUAGUGAUAAAUUCGAAUAUAUUGAUCCAAAUAUAAGGGAUGAAAUGCCCAGUACAGAGGAUCAACAGCAUAUUGAUGGUGAUAUUCCAGAUGCAAAUGAGAUACAUUCUAGUUUUACGGAUAAUUUAGACUUUCAAAAUACAGUGGAUAAAAUACAAAGUGGGUUCCAACAAAUUAUUUCUGAAGGAGUGUCACAGAAUUCGGGUGCUUUAAAUGAAUUUACUGAUACUGGACAAGUUUUAUUAACAAUUGUCGAUACAGCAGGUGCUGAAUUAAAAUCUACUGCUGAAUUAACAAAAUCACAAUCAGAUGUAUCAUAUAGUGAUCAACAUGAAAACAUCAAUCAAAGUCAUUCAUCAGCAUCUUUACCUAGUCAUAGUGUACCAUUAAUUCCUAUUAAACAUUCAACAUCAAACUUAUCAGAUAAUAAUAAUGAUAACUUCGAUGAGCCUGAUGAUACAUUUCGAAAUAUAUCAUUAGAUGAAAACAAUAACAUUGUUGAUUUGCCGGAAGUCAUUGAUCAAACUACAACUAUUGUUCCAUCAGAAGAAAUCGAACCCAGUGAUGUCUCAGCAGAAAAUGAUUCAAUAAAACUUGAUGAAUUAUUAUCUUCCAGUGAAGUUGCCAAAGAAGAUUCAAUUGUAGUUUCAACAACACCUAAAGCACAAGAUUUAGAAGUAAAAGAUAAAGAAGACAUUCCAUCAUUUGCCGAAUGGGCACAAAAACAAUUAGAAGAAGCCGAAAAGAAAAAAGAAAUUCAAAAUAUAUCAUUUCAACAAAAUCAACAGAAUCAACGUAAUAAUGGUAGACAUUCAACAUCCAAUAUUAAAUUACGUUCAAAAAAUUAUGCAUCACCCGAUUGUGGUGCAAAAAUUGUUGCUGCAAAUGCAGAAGCAACAAGUCCGUCAUUAAUUUUAUCCCCAUCCAAAGAUGAAUACAUGUUGAACACAUGUAACAGUCGAAUAUGGUUUGUUGUUGAGCUAUGUGAAGCUGUACAAGCAAAACGUGUUGAGUUAGCAAAUUUUGAAUUGUUUUCGUCAACACCCAAAGAUUUUUCUGUAUAUAUAAGCGAUCGGUAUCCAACUCGUGAUUGGAAUUCAAUUGGACAAUUUGUAGCGAAAGACGAACGUGAUAUACAAAUGUAUGACCUACAGCCCCCAUAUAUUUUUGGAAAAUAUGUGAAAGUCGAAUUAAAUUCACAUUACGGUUCAGAACAUUAUUGUCCAAUCUCGUUAUUUCGUUUAUAUGGCACGUCCGAGUAUGAAGUACUCGAAACUGAAGACUUUCAUCAUAAUCAACAUAAUAUUCACCAUCAUACCCAUGAUUCUGAUGAUGAAGAUGAGUUUAUCGAAGAAGAGUUAAUAAAAGGUGAUGAAGGUGAAACAAGUUAUUUGUUUGGAUCAGCACGAGAAGUUGUUAUGUCAUUUGUAAAAAAAGCAGCACAGGUUUUAGUUAUGACUAGUGAUAGUACAACAAAUCGUACAACACAGCGGACAGUGGAUUGUAAUUUAUCAAAACUACCUAUUAUCACUGAAAAAUGUCAAACUCCAAGUCAUUUAAUUGUGUGUGAUAAUUGCAGUGAUUUGUUUUUCGGGAAUGUGUACAGUUUAUUAAGUUGUCGAAAUAAUUAUUUAAAAUAUAUGAGUGAAACGUAUUUAAUUUUGAAUGCACUUACUAGGACCGAUAUAUGUUCAAUGUAUGGUUUAAACUUUAAUUCAAAAGAAACAUCUUGUUAUCCACGACGGUCGUCAAAAAUGGUGUCAGCAUUUUUUGGUCCUGAAUAUAUUGCUGCUCUAUGUAAUAUCUUAGCGAUCAGAGAAAAGAAAGUUGUACUUAAUACUAGUAAUUCGUUAUUAAAUAACGUUAUUGAUGAUACUUUUGAUAAUUAUUCCACAACCACGGAAACUCAACAAUUUAAUGUAGUUCCAAAUGAACGGCAAGUGAGUGAAACAGAUCAGCAAAUUAUUCUAAAUGAAUCCUUAAGUGAGGGAGGAUUAACAACGGAAACUAAUCCACAAUUGUCCUCUAAUGAGGAAACAGAUAAAAUUUUAACUGAAAAUGUGGAUACUGUUACAAAACCAGAGAUUGAAAGUUCUGAAUCUAUUUGGACAACUCCAUCGGAAACAGAUAGUUAUCAAACAUUAGAAACGGAUGCAUCAUCUUCAAUAAUUACAGAGAUUCAUCACACUGAAACUCCUCCGAUUUCCGCAACUAAAACUAUUGUCGAUGAAGUUCCGCCUACUGUACAACAAAAUGAAGAACAGCAGCAACGAAUUGCUGCUGAUACUCCUAGUAACGGGGGUGAAAAUUAUGAAAUUGUUCAAGAAAUUGAUUCAUUCUUAUCUGAGUGGGAUCAAUAUCCACCGAAUAAUAAUCCUGUUACAACAACACCAAUAACACCACCAAGUUCGAUGCCACAACAAGGUCAAAAAGAAUCAGUGUUUGUACGAUUGGUUAAUCGAAUUAAGGCAUUAGAAAGAAAUAUGUCCUUAUCUAGUCAAUAUUUAGAAGAAUUAAGUCGUCGUUAUAAAAAACAAAUGGAAGAAAUGCAACGUUCAUUUGAUCAAGUAUUAACAAUUGUUAAAGAAGAAAGUAAAAAAUCUGAAGAUUUUUAUGAACAAUGUACCGAUACACAAGCUCGCAUGAACUCCCAACUAACAACAUUAACUAAUACUGUUGAAAUAUUAAUGGCGGAACGUAAUUCAUGGACAAAUGUUGUUUCAUGGUUUAUGCAUUUUUUCAUUACCCAAUUAUUUAUAAUUACUAUUGUACUCUAUUUUUGUGGUAAAUCAGAUACGCGAAAAUACAGUACAGAUUCAUCAAAUUCAGAUGAACAACAGAAAACAAAUGAAAUAGCAAUACCAAAACGUCGUAAAUCUGUAGAUGUUGUUCGACAUGAAUCACCUGCAAAGAGACGUAAACGUAGACCAAGUGAAGAAGCAUUAAAUAUAACUGGUACAUAUAACGAUUUGUUAAUACCAGAUAUCACUGAAGUUGAUAGUAAACCAUGGCAGUUAAGUAAAGCAGAUAAACGUCGAAAGCGGAAAAAAAAUGCGAUAUUACGACGCAGUAAUUCGAAUAGUACAUUAGUUUCCACUAAAAUCAAACAGCAUCACCAUCGCAACGUAAUUAAUACACAUUCUUACGAUUUUGUGACAACAAAACAAAACUUUAACAUACAAAACAGUUCGGUAAAUAACAUUGAUGAUUUUGAAACAAUUUCAAUUGAAUCUGUUUCCUCAUCAUCGGAUAGAACAACACCACCACGUCGUCAAGAGAAUCUCUUUGAUCGUGAAAAUGUACUUGCCAAGUUAAUAAAUCCAAUUGUUAUGAAAUCAGCGGUAACCGAACGUAAAAAACGUUAUUCUUUACAAGAUAAUAGUACAAUUGAAGCAGCAACAUUGCCACCUAGAAAAGAUCCACCAAAACAACAGAAAACUCAUGCAAAUCACAUUACAAAUGAGAAAAAUUUAGUAUUAACUAAUGGAAGUGGUAAUGUACCUACACGUUCGAAUAGUGUGACAUCAUCGUCGGGUAAUCUAGUUACUCCAAAAAAGGAGAAAAAAACAGGCGGACUUAAAAAAAUUUUAAAGAAAGUGUUUUAA